UCGUAAGACUGUACUAGUGCCAAAGGCUGCCCUUUAACAGAAUACCAUCUUCUAUAUAAAGCUCAGUGUGUAGUCUUAUCAAGCUAUUAACCUAAUCCUCUUGAGUCUUGUUUUCUUGGUUAAGCACACUGCUCUGGUUGUGAAAGAAGCAGAAGCCACAGUAGUAUUGUAGUAGGAUUUGCAGGAACAAGAUCUUCAUAGGAUCUUGGGUCACUGAUGAAGUAAAUAAGUGUGCCAUAGACAACCCUCAUGUUUAAAUCCCUCAGCUCGGCUUGUGUUGUAUACACCUCAAGGAUCUACUGACAACCACAACUUCUGCUUUGCAUGGCAUGUUUAUGGAGUAAUCAUAAUCCUUUAGUUUUUUUUUACUUGAUGAGAAAACAUAACCAUCAGGAGACACCAUGGGCUGCGGGGUCACCAAAGGAGGUCAAUUCCAUAAAACACACGACAAAGAUGGUAAUGUCAUCUUUGUUAGGAUCUCAGCUAUAAGGGCUGCAGUUUUGAUCCAGCGCUGGUAUCGUCAGUAUGUGAGCCGCAUGGAGAUGAGGCGCAGAUACACCUGGAACAUCUUCCAGUCCAUAGAGUACACUGGGCUACAAGACCAAAUAAAACUGUAUAAUUUUCUUGGUUACCUUAUGGACAACUUCACACCCUCUAGCAAUGAAAGAAAAUUGAUCUCCCACAUCUUCAGAGAUAAUGAAAUAUGUCGGGAUGCAGAGUGGGAGAGAUAUUUCAGUUACUCCCAUAUCGACGUUCCAGAAAUCUAUUCAGGCCCAAGGCUAACCUUCCCUCUGGAUGCAAAUCAAGCUGCUGAUCUUGUUGAGGCUUUUAAAAACAAACAACAGCUCCACUCUCGUUAUGUUCUCCAACUCCUCCUUGAAACCUGGAAGCUGCUCAAAGGUUUGCCAAAUAUCAACCGAAUCUCUACCUGCCACAGCAAAGAAAUCACAAUAUGUGGGGACUUGCACGGACAGUUGGAGGAUUUACUUCUAAUAUUUUACAAAAAUGGCAUGCCAUCGCUGGAGAAGCCUUAUGUCUUCAAUGGAGACUUUGUGGACAGAGGCAAGGACUCAAUUGAGAUUUUGCUUAUUUUAUUCGUUUUCUUGUUGGUCUAUCCUGGAGAGGUUUACCUCAAUCGAGGAAAUCAUGAGGAUCACAUCAUUAACUUGAGGUACGGGUUCACCAAGGAAGUGUUGGGCAAAUACAAGAUGCACGGUAAACAAAUUCUAAAGCUGCUGCAGAAAAUAUUCAGCUGGUUGCCCCUGGCAACAGUGAUUGACCAGAAGGUGCUGAUCGUCCAUGGUGGGAUCUCAGACAGCACAGAUCUGGCACUGGUGGCCCGAAUGGACAGACAUAAAUAUGUAUCUGCCUUGAGGCCUCCGAAGCAGAAGAGCACAGUAUCUGUGCGUUCUUCAGUGGACUCAAAAAUGGAAGAUGAAUCUCUGAACUCUAAGCACAGUAUUCUGAGCAGGACAGCCUCUUUCACCAAUUACAGGCCCUUACCCUCCCGGGAAACUUUCCAGUGCCGUUCUUUGCAGGAUUUCUCAACUACAGUGGCUAGGACCAUGGAGGAAGAACUCAAGACUCAACAAAGGCAGACCAGCAUAGCCCAGCCUGGGAGCAGCCUGACCUAUAAACACUGUAGCAUAUCCACAUCAUCAGAAUCAGCCAGAGAAUCCAACAACACCCGAGACAAGGUCAACAAUGAGUGGAAAGAGAUCCUGGACUUGCUGUGGAGUGACCCCAUGACAGAAGAUGGCUGCAUCCCAAAUGAAGUUCGGGGUGGAGGCUGUUACUGGGGCCCCAGUGUGACUGAGGAUUUUUUAAACAAACACAACCUGCAGCUCAUCAUCCGCUCCCAUGAAUGCAAGCAAGAUGGAUAUGAGUUCUGCCACAACCGCAAGGUCCUUACGAUCUUUUCAGCCUCUAACUACUAUGAAGUGGGCAGUAACAGGGGAGCACUGGUCAGGUUAGGUCCUGAUCUAGUGCCUUAUUUUAUUCAGUACCAGACCAACAGUAAGACCCGGGAGAUGAGCUUUGGACAAAGUAUCAGACGAACAGAGCACUCUGCACUUAAAGUCCUGAGAGAGCAACUGUUUACACACAAGUCAGAUCUCAUCAGUGCCUUUCAGGAAUAUGAUAAGAAGAAAACAGGUCUCAUCUCUCUGAAUGACUGGAGCAGUGUCGUAGGACAAGUGCUACACCUAGAAUUGCCCUGGAGAAUGCUGCGCUCUCAGCUCCUCACCAACACCACCAACGACAUGCUGGACUACCACAACUGGUUUCGUAACCUCGCUGUAAAGGAAACCAACUGUGAGUACAUUGAGCAGACAUUGCUGGAGACUCUUUACAGGCACCGCUCCACUCUGGAGACCAUCUUCAGAAUAGUGGACACAGACAACUCAGGCCUCAUCUCUUUCGAAGACUUCUGUCAGACAUGGAAGCUGUUAAGUGCCUAUUUGAAAAUGGAGAUUUCCACUGAAGCCAUUAAUGACCUAGUGGUCCGCAUAGACAUGAACAAAGAUGGCUACAUAGACAUUGAUGAAUUCAUGGAGUCUUUUCGCUUAGUAGACAAGAACAUACGCAAACCAGAGGAACAGGACCUACCUCAGGAAGGAUAACAGACCUCAGAAUAAAAAGGCACAAUUCUUACAUCAAAAUAAAUGGUAACGGUCGUGUAUGUUUGCUUUAAUAAUAUUCAGACUGCACAAAGUGUGCACAUGACAUGGGUGACCCAUGAAUUGUGAUGAUGAUGACCUCCUGGAACAUUUGACAGUGCCUUUUUCUUGAAUUCCUCUAAGAAUUUCAGGUGUUGUUAGAUCUUGGGUCUUGAUAUUUAGGAUUUGAGCCUUGGAGGUGUCAGUGAGGCAGGUUUCAAUGUUAAGCAUGUGCACAAGCUUAUUAGUGUGGCAUUGUGAGAUUUCCAAACAUAUUCUAACAAUUUCUAAAUGUUGUGCAUGCACAAAAAGAAGACAUGGCAAAGUGUGUGUCAUCUUUACUUUUAGAAGGAAAGUUCUAGUGCUAGUUCUGAAGGAAACUGUCCCGGUGGUCCAGAACAUCAGUAAAAUGGAAGGUAAAAUAUCAAACUGGAGUUUGACCAGACUACUGACUCAUUCACAAGGAUGAGAAUGUGUAGAGGGCAAGUAGAACUAACCUUUCAUUGGAUAACCCAUAUGAAGUAUUUCCAAGAAACCUAAUACAAAGUUAUUAAAGCCAGUGCUAGAAAUAUAUGAAUAAUUUUAUGCUAUAAAUGGUCUUGUAGAUUAUUUUGCUCAUUUUAACCCUUGUGCAGACCUGGGGUCUAUUUGACUCAUCUGGAAAGUUUAAUGUGUCAUAACUUGGGUUUCCUUCCACAUAUUUGCCUGAAAUUUACCAGGAUUGUUCCAAAUUAUGAACUUUGCAAGUAAAAUUAAUUUUGUCUAUUUUUGUUGAACUAUGUGUUCGUAAAAUAAAUACUUUCCUCCUCAAGUCCUCCCGAGUUAAUUUGACUCGGCCACAUUUAGUGGGGCAAUAGGUCACACUUUUGCCCUUUUUCAGCGCAAUGAACAUACAUACAGACACAAAAAUGCACACAUAAAAUGUCCACUAACACACGCACCCAAAA